AAUAAAACGGCGACAACUAUCAAUUUUAUUGCAGGUCUCUUUCACUCGUUCUCAGGGAACGGUCUCUCUUUUCUAAGUCAACGCGGCAACGGCGAAGUUCGCUGCAACGGCAACAACAAGGCGGAGCCGAUAUAUCUGUCCAAAAACUUUCUUUCAGAUCUGGUAAACUUGUUAAUAUAUUUCUUGUUACAUAAACGCUCAGACUAAUUUUUGUUGUCAUAUCUCAAAUGCAAAAGUCAAACCGCACACCAAAUUGAUUUGAAUUGUAAUGGUUUCAAAUAGCUCCACAUGCACAAUCUGUUGCAAUUGCUCAUUGACUGGUGUCUGAUCUAUUGUGUGUGAGAGACCAUUGACCUCUACUUGUAAACUUGUUUCAAAUAUUUCUUGCCUUGUAAGCCGAUAUGCUAAAGCGAUGCUGAGCAGAAUUGAUCCAUUAUCAGCUACUUCAAGCUCUUGUCUUUGGAGCUGUUGAUUAUCUUUCCUAUUUUUCUCCAAAUCGAUGUCUAAUAUAAGAGAGGUUGAACACCUCAAAAUAACGUUAGAAUCCAUAAAAUCCGCCACCAACAACUUUGCUCCUGAGAAUUGUAUCGGAAGAGGAGGAUUUGGGAAGGUGUAUAAGGGAGAAAUCCUCCAUUCUGAGGGGCAGUCCAUGGUUGUUUUUAAGCGCUUAGACCGUGCAUUUGGGCAAGGAAACCCAGAGUUUUGGAAAGAAAUCACAAUGCUUUCUCUUUACAAACAUGAAAACUUGGUCCAUCUUUUGGGAUUUUGUGACGAGAGUAAUGAGAAAAUCCUCGUGUAUGAGUACCUAUCUAAUAGAAGUCUAGACUUUCAUCUCAACAACAAUGAUCUAAAUUGGACCCAACGGUUAAAGAUAUGCAUUGGGAUGGCUCGUGGAUUAGCAUACCUUCAUGGUUCUGAAACCCAACUUAGAGUAUUGCACCGUGAUGUUAAAAGUUCCAACAUCCUAUUAGACGAAAAUUGGAACGCCAAAAUCUCUGAUUUUGGCCUUUCCAAAUUUGCUCCCACUAAUAACUUCACAUUUCUUUACACCUCAGUUGUAGGCACGGUUGGAUAUUGUGAUCCAUUAUAUGCGGAAACCGGGUUUUUAACAAAAGAGUCUGAUAUAUACUCUUUAGGUGUGGUGUUGUUUGAAGUGUUGUGUGGAAGGUUGUGUAUUAGCAAUAAGGAUGAUCGCCCUUUACCAGGAUUGGCACGAGAAUGUUACGAACUAAACAAAGUAGAUACAAUUAUUUUUGGUAACAUAAGGGAUGAAAUAACCCCAAAUUCAUUGUGGGCUUUUACUACAAUAGCUUAUCGAUGCUUGAAGAGAGAUCGUGAAGAACGUCCAUCAGUAACUGAUGUUGUGCGAAUGCUUUAUAUCGCGCUUGGAUAUCAAGCUAAUAAAGAAAGCUGGGAGCUCCCUGAUAUAGUUGAUUCCUUUCACAUCAAAGCUCUACGCUUGCCAAUGGAUGCCCACAAGGUUGUUCAUUUGAUCUAUACAAAUUCUGGGUUAGAUUUGCUAGCACUUACUUCAAGUGGGAUUCAUAAAGUCUGGAAAUGGAAACCAAGUAAACGCAAUCCAUCUGGGAAGUCAACUGCAUCUAUCGCCCCAAAAGUCUGGCAACCAACAAAGGGAGCUGUCAUGUGUAAUGAUGUUAGUGGGAAUAAACCUGAUGAAGAGUCAGCAGCAUGCAUUGCUUUGCCAAAGCAUGAUGGCUUCUUCGUGUCUGCCUCUGGUGGGAAACUCUCCAUGUUCCAAAUGGCAACCUUCCAUACUAUGAUAAGUUUCAUGCCCCCUCCGCCUGCAGCCACCUGCUUGGCUUUCCAUCCUCGAGACAACAACAUCAUUGCUAUAGGAAGGGAAGAUUCAGUUAUACAAAUUUACAGCCUAGAGUUUUUUCAGGUCAAAAGAGAACUCAGAGGUCACAUGAAACAAAUUACAGGGCUUUCCUUUUCAUGGACUUCACUGGUUUCAUCCGGAGCUGAUGCUCAGCUAUGUAUGUGGGACAUUACUGGUGCAUGGAACUGGAAGAAGAAAUCAAGAAGCAUACAGUCGCCACCUGGCCAUCCAUCCUCACUUGUUGGAGAAACUAAAGUUCAGUUCCAUAAUGAUCAACGCCAUAUCCUUGUUGUACAUCAAAGUCAAAUUGCUAUUUAUGAUGACCAACUGGAGUGCUUGAGAUUGUGGUCUCCAAGAGAACCUCUUUCUGCUGCAAUUUCAAGCGCAACAUACUCAUCUGAUGGCUUGCUAAUAUUUACUGGAUUUUUGGAUGGUGCUGUUGGAGUUUUUGAUGCAAACAGUUUGAGGCUUCAAUGUCGAAUAGCACCUUCUGCCUACUUGUCUACACCGAUUUCCAGCAGCAACAGCAUCACCACAUAUCCAGUGGUUAUUGCAGCACAUCCAUCCUAUCCUAACCAAUUUGCUCUUGGAAUGAGCAAUGGUUAUGUUCAUAUUAUUGAGCCGCCUGAUCACGAUCCAAAGUUGGAAAGCUCAGUGCCUCCAGAAAAGGGUCCUCUAGCAACGUCUAAGUUGAAACAUGUCUUUCGGUUUUUAAGAUAAGUUGUAAAUGUAAGUUUUCUAGAAUUUAAUGUUUAGAAAACAAGAAUGCAAAACAAAAAUAACCAAAAUAACUCUUUGAUUAAUCAGAAACUAACUCAAAACCGAUGUUUUACAAUUUGUUCUCACAAUCAUAAACUCGAUUAUAGACAA